GAAAUUUGUUGUGGAAUUCAAAGAAGGGAAAGAGCCAUCUUUCGGCAAUUUAUUCACAUCAGAAAGCGCGUGAGGACUAAAAAAAUGGCCACCGACUGUACGGCUACUAUCUAGUCAAUAAUUAUUAUCUCUCCCUCUUUAGCCCUUACCCCCGCCUUAUGGGUUUGAUGGCGCCCAGACCGCAUUGCUUAUGGCACCCGUUUUUUGCAGACUUCUCUCAAUUUUCCUGAUCAUACCGUAGAUUUCUUGAAAAUUAACCUAACGUCAAAAAUUUCUUACCUUUGUGGUUCGAACUGAAGUAAAAUAGACUGGAUCAAAUUUUAAUUUUAUUACGAAAACUAACAUGGGAAAUCGGAAGUGAGAUUUGGCGGCAAACACUACUGUGUUUCAAAAGCAGAAUUCUUUCGUUCAUUGUUCGUCGAAUAUAAAUUCUUAAAGCCAUUAUGUUGCAUGGCUUUAAUGGCAAAAUUUUCAAGCACAGAACAACGAAGAAAUAGAACACGUACGACAAGUGUAUUGAUGGAGGACUUUAAUCCCUCCUUUUUUUUACAAGUAUUCUAUUUCAAUAGAACACCCAGGUUUCUUGCCAUGUGCAAAGGGAUUAUAACGUCUGGAGCCUUGCCCUGCGUCUGCAGUACAGAGAACGCAAAGGAAUCGAAAAGGCUUGAUAUUGUCAUCAAUUAAAAAACGAAAAAGCUUUGAAAAAUGAAGCACAUUUGCACAAUUCAUGCUCAACGUUUGGUCGAUUUGAAGUGUUCUCAGAUCCAUUUGACUGGUUCGAUUACAGGAAAAGAAGCUUGCCACUUAUUGAUUUCUCAUCGAAAUCAAUUACUUUGUAAUCCCCUUCAGCAGCAUCAACAAAAAAUAUGCGUUCUCUAUUAUCCGGAACAAACGUAUGGCGAUCAUAACCUUUUCCAAGAUCUAGCUCAGUUUGGUUUGAUAUCUUCGUCAUCCAAAAUAUUUACACAAACAGCUACCAUAGAAGAUAUACGUCAAGGUAUCGCUUUUACUCUUUCUGCUCGCCUCAUUACUGACUGGAAUCCGGUUGGAAAAUGGCUGAUACACAAAAAUCAGCGGAAUUUCCUAGACAUGGAUGACGAAAGUGACACCUUUCAAGCAGUCAAAUUUGAAAUCCGAUUAACAGAUGGUCGUGAUAGCGUGGAAGUUUGGGCCCAUGGCGGAGAACUCAAACUGUAUCCGAUUACUCCCCACGAUUUAGUUCUGAAGUCCGAUGAACUUAUCCAUUUCAAGGAAAAUCCCAACGCUGUGAUUUAUUUUCAGACCAACCCUCAUCACCGAUUUUUCUAUUUGCCAAAAAUAAGAGUCGGUACCCUAAUGUCUAUAUCACGCCAACUGCCUGAUUUCUCACCCUUUAAGGAUUAUGCAGAACUCUGUAGUUAUUGGAAGCAGCAGUAUGGGUAUGUGUUGCCGGAAACCUCUACAGGAAUUGUUUACUUUAAUGUGGCAUUCACAAACACAGCAUCGCCUUGUAUCAUCUAUACGUACCCUUCAUGUUGUGUUUUUCUUGAGCCACCGUUACCACUUGAAACAUCCAGAAAAAUGUCUCUAUCCGUGGUCCGGCAAUUCUGGAGCUACUUGGAACCGAUCCUCUCAUGCUUUCCUGGACAAACGACACCCAAUCCCUGGCUGAUCGAUUCAUUUUCCAGAAUCCCGUUACAAGAACAAUUCGCAGAAGAUCUUGAAAAGGAAAUAAAAAAUAAAGCUCUUUUGCGGUCCGAAAAACAGAUCCAUGGCAUUUCGAAAUACUUUCGGCAGCCUUCGAUUGAUCGUUUUAUGUGGAAAGAAAAAAAAAAACAAAAUCAAGAGAAAAAAUCCAAGUUACAAAAAACGUCGGGUACUCAACGAGCCAAAAAUACUACCAUUACACAAUACUUUUCCGCGCAAAACCCUAACGUGAAGAUCCGCAGAACGGCCAACAAAGUUACAUUUAAUCCUGUUUAGUACAGCGUACCAAACUUGACUUCAACGGAGCCAAACGCCAACGAUCUUAAGAGGGAUAGUUAAGCCGUCGACAAUUCCCAUCCAAAGAUGCUCUUAAGAAAUCAUAGAAGCAAGUGUUGUCGGGGUUCAUUUU